AGCAGCCCUCAGAGAAGUGGCCAGACAGGCCUGGGGGACAGCUGGGGACAGCAGACAUGCUGCAGGGGCCCUGGGGUGUGGGCAGGGGCAACCAGGCCCAGUGACAGGAGGACCCCGAGCCCCGGGCACGGGGAGGGGCCAUGGUGCUGCCUGCCCGCCAUGUCAGCCGAGGUGCGGCUUCAGCGGCUCCAGCAGCUGGUCCUGGACCCCGGCUUCCUGGGGCUGGAGCCCCUGCUCGACCUUCUCCUGGGCGUCCACCAGGAGCUGGGCACCUCCGAGCUGGCCCAGGACAAGUAUGUGGCCGACUUCUUGAAGUGGGUGGAGCCCAUCGCGGCGAGGCUUAAGGAGGCCCGGCUGCGGAGGGAUGACUUUGAGAUCCUGAAGGUGAUCGGACGCGGGGCGUUCAGCGAGGUUGCCGUGGUGAAAAUGAAGCAGACGGGGCAGGUGUUUGCCAUGAAGAUUAUGAAUAAGUGGGACAUGCUGAAGAGGGGCGAGGUGUCGUGCUUUCGAGAAGAGAGGGACGUGUUGGUGAAUGGGGACCGGCGCUGGAUCACACAGCUACACUUCGCCUUCCAGGACGAGAACUACCUGUACCUGGUGAUGGAGUACUACGUGGGCGGGGACCUGCUGACACUGCUGAGCAAGUUCGGGGAGCGGAUCCCGGCGGAGAUGGCCCGCUUCUACCUGGCAGAGAUCGUCAUGGCCAUAGACUCGGUGCACCAGCUGGGCUAUGUGCACAGGGACAUCAAGCCAGACAACAUCCUCCUGGACCGCUGCGGCCACAUUCGCUUGGCUGACUUCGGGUCCUGCCUCAAGUUGCGCGCUGAUGGGACGGUGAGAUCGCUGGUGGCUGUGGGCACCCCGGACUACCUGUCCCCCGAGAUCCUGCAGGCCGUGGGCGGCGGGCCCGGGGCGGGCAGCUACGGGCCGGAGUGUGACUGGUGGGCGCUGGGCGUGUUCGCCUACGAGAUGUUCUACGGACAGACGCCCUUCUACGCCGACUCCACCGCGGAGACCUACGGCAAGAUCGUGCACUACAAGGAGCACCUGUCGCUGCCACUGACGGACGCGGGUGUCCCCGAGGAGGCUCGCGACCUCAUCCAGCGGCUCCUGUGUCCCCCGGAGACGCGGCUGGGCCGGGAUGGGGCGGCCGACUUCCGGAAGCACCCCUUUUUCUUUGGCCUUAACUGGGACAGCCUCCGGGACAGCGUGCCCCCCUUCACACCCGAUUUCGAGGGGGCCACCGACACAUGCAACUUUGAUUUGGUGGAGGACGGGCUCACUGCCAUGGUGAGCGGGGGCGGGGAGACGCUGUCGGAUAUGCAGGAAGGCAUGCCUCUGGGCGUCCACCUGCCCUUCGUGGGCUACUCCUACUCCUGCAUGGCCCUCAGGGACGACAAGGUCCACAGCCCCAUGCCCAUGGAACUGGAGGCCCAGGCCUUGCCAGGGCCCUUGCCUGAGCCACCCACGCAGGCACCCUGCCUGGAGCCCCUGGCAUCCCGCCGGGAGGAGACAGCUGAAGUGGCAGUGCCGGAGGCCACACGGGAGGCGGAGGUGACACUGCGGGAGCUCCGGGAGGCCCUGGAGGAGGAGGUGUUUACCCGGCAGAGCCUGAGCCAGGAGCUGGAGGCCAUCCGCACUGCCAACCAGAACUUCGUCAGCCGGCUGCGGGAGGCCGAGGCCCGGAACCGGGACCUGGAGGCGCACGUCCGACAGCUGCAGGAGCGCGUGGAGCUGCUGCAGGCCGAGGAGGCGGCAGGCGAGUCCCGCGGCCGCGGGCGGGCGGGAGGCCGCGGCGGGCGGACACCGGGGGCGGGCGAGGGGCCCGGGCUGGGGCACGCCGCGCCACCGCCCUCCUGCGCCCCUCCACACGCCCUACGCCUCUUUCUUCUCCUUCCAGCCGCCACGGGGGCCCCUGCACCCCGGGCCACGGAUGCACCUUCCCAUCUAGAUGGCCCCCCGGCCGUGGCUCUGGGCCAGUGCCCGCUGGUGGGGCCAGGCCCCCUGCACCGCCGCCACCUGCUGCUCCCUGCCAGGGUCCCUAAGCCUGGCUUACCGGAGGCGCGUCCCCUGCUCCUGUUCACCGCUGCUCUGGCUGGUGCCGCCGCCCUGGGCUGCGCUGGGCUGGUGGCCUGCGCCCGCCAGCUCAACCCGGCCUGGCGCCACUCGGGAGCCGCCUCCGCCUCCUGAGCCCUAGAACCCCAGCUUGUGUUUGACUCGGGCUCCUCCCUGGAGGGCUGGGUGAUCGAGGCACGUUCCAGAACCUACUCCCAGCGCCUCCCGGUUAACCUCACUCCAAGCGUGCGGUCCCCGCCCCAGUUCCAGCCCUGUGAUCCGGGCCCGCCCCCUGGCGGCCGGGGAGGGAAGCCGGGCCCGCAGCCGGAGAGUGGGGUUCGACGAGGCUGGGAAACAGGACGGGAAUGCUGCCGCUGCCGCCGGGGAAACCCGGCUGGGCAAAGACCACCCGACGGGCACGGACAGCCCGCGAUCUGGAGAAGUCAGAGGGCCAGGGCUUGGCCAUCGGGUGUUCACCCUCCAUGCACACACACACCACCACCACCACCACCACCCCCCCCCCGCCAACACCAGCUUGCGGGCCACGAUUCCUCCCUGUGCACGAGGCCUGCUCCCCCGGGAACGUCCUGCGCUCGGUCCCCUUGCUUCCACCACCCCGCUUUUCCGGGAAGCCCCGCGCCUUGGCUCGCGCGCUGCUUUGCUUCUCCGGUUUGGGUAUUUAUUGACCUGUCCUGCGACCCGCUGACAGGCUCCAAGACCCCAGCACUCCCAUCCACGUUUUGGAUGCACUGAGAUCCCGACAUUCCUCGGUAUUUAUUGUCUCCCCCCACCUGGUACUCCACCCCCGACCCCCGCGAAUAAAGCGCCCUCGUGUUCGUCA